AUGCCCUGGACACGAGAGCAACAAAGCACGGCGCGCGCCGAGAUCACGGCGGCGAUGCACAGGUACGCGUCGCUCGCGCGCGAAGGCGCCGACUGGGACGCGAUGGCGGCGCUGUUCGCGCCCGACGGGCUGUACCGGCUGCCCAACGGGGUGGCCGUGGACCCCAAGCGCAUGGUCGAGGUGGUGCAGGGCAACGAGGCCCAGUACAUCCGCCACCACGUCACGACGAUCGACAUCACGUUCGUGGGCGACACCGAGGCGCACACCGAGGCCUUCUAUCUCGCCGUCACGGACCGCGCGAGCCCCGACCACUGGGGCGGGUGGAAGGAUGUGUUUCGCUGGCACCCGCAGCAAGAGGCCUGGCUUAUCCAGGACCGUACGAUUUGUGUCGAUGGCGCCGCGCCCGGGGGGUGGUAUGCCUCUGUCUAUGGCAUGCCGGCUAAGACAAGUUGA